UUGCUUUUUCCUCAUCCUUUCCUGCAUUACACACAUACAUAUUCCACAAUGGCAGUUGCAAUUCCCCCAGGCGGAACCUUCUUCGACACGCUCAACAAGAGCUUCGUUGAUGUCACCAUUGACGAGUCCAAUGACAAAGCCAUCAAGACGACCGACUUCCUCCAGGCCGCCGAGAGCUUGACUACCCUUUUCGAUGUCUUGGGCGGAGUAGCUUUCAAGCCCGUCAAGAAUGACAUGGCCGGCAACAUCAAGAAAAUCCAAGACAGGCAGCUCGCUGCACCAGCACUUUCCGAGACCCUUCAGGACCUUGUCCUCAACGAGCUCAAGGAGAAGAAGCACACUGCUACUGAAGGCCUUGUAUGGCUGAACCGUGGCCUGGACUUUACUGCCCAAGCUCUCCGUCACAACAUCACCAACUCAUCCGUGGAGCUUGCCCAAUCCUUCCGUGACGCCUACGGCAACACUCUCAAGCCCCACCACUCGUUCGUCGUCAAGCCCAUCUUCAGCGCCGCCAUGAGCGCUACCCCAUACCGCGCCGACUUUUACAAGAAGCUGGGAGACGACGAGGCCAAGGUCCAAGCGGAGCUGGAAAAGUGGCUGGCUGCGCUGGAGAAAGAUGUCGCCGUCCUGAACGAGUUCCUCUCUAGGAAGGAGGCCAAGUGGUAGGCGCAUAACUCCCACAUGUAUGUGAACACGACAAAAUGUGAACGAUUCAGAUGAAGAUUGGCUAGCGCCAUUUACGUGCUAUAUUGCAUGAUUAUCAUAGCAACAUGACCCAGCUCAUAUCGUCUGCA